AUGGGGAUCCAUGCCGCCGCGUGCACCACGAAGCAGUGGCUGCGGGAGCUCUUUACACCUCCGUGCGCACAUGGUGGAUCAGCCUGCCGGCGACGUGAACCUGUGUUUGACAAACUCCCCGUGGACAUCAUACAUCAUAUACAUUCCCUCUUGCCAGUGCGAGAUGCUGCUCGUGCUGCCUGCGUGUGUCGUGGAUUUCUGCGUUCCUGGAGAUGCUAUACCAACCUCACUCUCAGCGUGGAAACACUUGGGUUGACUGGCAAGAAAUAUAAGGACGAUGCAGAUAUCUUUCUUAUGGACGCAAAAAUUCUUAUCAACGUAGUUGACAAAAUUCUUAGGAACCACUCCCGCCAUGGGAUGGAGAUAUCCAGACUUGAUCUUGAGCUCUACCCUUGCAAAAAUAUCGACGCGUCGUACCUGGACAGAUGGCUCCAAAUAACUGCUGUUCGUCCGGGGAUCAAAGAACUUAAGCUUGUGUUGUGUAGAUCCAUGAAGAAAGAGUACAUCUUCCCAUGUUCGGUUUUGUCUAAUGAGGCGGCUGCAAGUUCAGUUAGGUCUCUUGAACUCCAUGCUUGUGCUUUUCAUCCGACAACAACACUUGGCUGGUUGAGUAGAUUGGAAACAUUAUGUUUGUAUCGAGUCAACAUUACUGAUGAGGGAUUAGGGCACUUGCUCUCCAAAUCUUUCAGUUUGGGGCAGAUUGAUAUCAUCAAUUGCAGUAAGAUAAUAUGCUUGAAGAUACCAUGUACGCUGCAGAAACUCAAUGUCCUCAAAGUUAGCUGGUGUGGGAGGUUGCAGGCGGUAGAGAUCAAUGCUCCCAACCUCUCCACUUUGCACUUUAUUGGGGCCCUAGUAGAAAUCUCAGUUGCGGAUCCUUCGCAACUUCAGGAUGUGCAUUUGAUAGGUCCAUCCCACUUGCUGUCUUAUGCUCGUGCAAAGCUUUCAUACACCGCGCCAAAUGUCAAGAGCCUAUCCUUGAUCUCUCUUUGGGAGAAUGUCGAUAUUCCAAUGAUGCCCUCCAAGUUCCCCUACCUCACGAAGUUGACAAUUGACAUCCUAAGAUCAUUGCAAGGCUGCUUCAUCAGGUUUGAUGUCCUGUCACUGGUUUCUUUUCUCGAUGCUUCUCCGGCCUUGGAUUCUUUCACCCUACAUGUAGGUCAGGAUACCUUGAGACCUGAUGAUUCUGUUGUUGGAGGCGAUAAUGCUAAUUACGAGAGGUGGCAGCCACAGUGCCGGCAUGAUCACCUCAGACAGGUGACGAUCACAGGCUUUUGUUCAUCAAAGAAGCUCGCUCAGUUUGUGAUCUAUCUCCUUGAGAGCAGUCCCCGGCUUGACUGCCUCACACUAGACACAACCCCUGGGCCUCGCUAUAGUACGAAGUGUGGUAUCACUAGAAAGCACACCUCCUCAAAAAAGAUGGGUAUAUGCUGCCCAAUGAUGACCGAGAGUAAUAUAGCGGAGGCUCAGAGAGCUGUUGAGGUUGCGAACACAUACAUUGCAGGGAGAGUUCCCUCGGGUGUUGGAUUCCAGGUCCUGGAGCCCUGUAGUGAAUGCAACAAUCCCAAGCGGCGGUAG